AUGAAAAUGCUUUGCUGGAGGAUGGCACUGUGGCUGGCCGGGUGGACUGUCUGUGGGAAGCCUUCCUCCUGCUCUGGCCUUGACUAUGACUACACUUACGAUUUCACUGAAGAGGAUAAAGCUGAGGCGAUAGAUUAUAAGGAUCCUUGCAAAGCCGCUGUCUUUUGGGGAGAUAUUGCCUUAGAUGAUGAAGACUUAAAAAUCUUUCAAAUUGACAGGACGAUUGACCUUACGCAGCACUCCAACGAAAGACUUGGCCAUAACACAGGUGGCUUUGGAGAGCAUGGAAUGUCAAAAAAACGAGGUGCCCUCUAUCAGCUUAUAGACAGGAUAAGAAGAUUUGGCUCUGGCUUUGAGCAAAAUAAUACAUCUAAAGGAAGAACUACUGUAAAAUUCUCAGGGAGAAAUGAGAAAAACCGCUUUCCCAGAGCUGCUACAUCACGAACAGAAAGAAUAUGGCCAGGGGGUGUCAUUCCAUAUGUAAUAGGUGGAAAUUUCACUGGCACCCAGCGCGCCAUGUUCAAACAGGCUAUGCGACACUGGGAAAAGUACACAUGCGUGACAUUUAUAGAACGAAGCGAUGAAGAAAGUUAUAUUGUAUUUACAUACAGACCGUGUGGGUGCUGUUCUUAUGUGGGUCGAAGGGGCAAUGGUCCUCAGGCUAUAUCUAUUGGCAAGAAUUGUGAUAAAUUUGGUAUAGUUGUCCAUGAGUUGGGUCAUGUGAUAGGUUUUUGGCACGAACAUACACGACCAGACCGUGAUGACCAUGUUACCAUCAUUAGAGAAAACAUCCAGCCUGGUCAGGAAUACAACUUCUUGAAGAUGGAGCCUGGAGAGGUGAACUCCCUUGGGGAACCGUAUGACUUUGACAGCAUUAUGCACUAUGCCAGGAACACCUUCUCAAGGGGCAUGUUUCUGGAUACCAUUCUCCCUUCCCGUGAUGAUAAUGGUAUACGACCUGCCAUUGGCCAGCGUACUCGUCUAAGUAAAGGAGAUAUUGCACAGGCAAGAAAGCUGUAUAGAUGUCCAGCCUGUGGAGAAACACUGCAGGAAUCUACAGGCAACUUUUCUUCUCCAGGAUUUCCAAAUGGUUAUCCUUCCUACACACACUGCAUAUGGAGAAUCUCUGUGACCCCAGGGGAGAAGAUUGUUUUAAACUUCACCACCAUGGACCUUUACAAGAGCAGUCUCUGUUGGUACGACUACAUUGAAGUAAGAGAUGGCUACUGGAGAAAAUCACCUCUGCUUGGCAGGUUUUGUGGUGACAAACUGCCAGAAGUCCUCGCAUCCUCUGACAGCAGGAUGUGGAUUGAGUUCCGCAGCAGCAGCAACUGGGUUGGGAAAGGUUUUGCAGCAAUUUAUGAAGCUAUCUGUGGCGGUGAAAUCCACAAAAAUGAAGGCCAGAUCCAGUCUCCCAAUUAUCCUGAUGACUACAGACCAAUGAAGGAAUGUGUGUGGAAAAUAACAGUGUCAGAAAGCUACAAUGUAGGAUUAACCUUUCAAGCAUUUGAGAUUGAAAGACAUGAUAACUGUGCAUAUGACUACUUGGAAAUUCGAGAUGGAACAAAUGAGAACAGUCCUUUAAUUGGUCACUUUUGUGGCUAUGACAAGCCAGAAGACAUUAGAUCUACCUCUAAUACCCUGUGGAUGAAGUUUGUCUCUGAUGGAACUGUUAACAAAGCAGGGUUUGCAGCUAACUUUUUUAAAGAGGAAGAUGAAUGUGCCAAACCUGACAAUGGUGGCUGUGAGCAGCGCUGUGUAAAUACUCUGGGCAGUUACCAGUGCGCCUGUGAUCCUGGCUAUGAACUUGGUCCUGACAAAAAGAGUUGUGAAGCUGCUUGCGGAGGACUCCUGACAAAGCUAAAUGGGACUAUAACCACACCAGGGUGGCCCAAAGAGUAUCCUCCAAACAAAAACUGUGUGUGGCAGGUGGUUGCCCCAACGCAAUACCGAAUCUCAAUGAAGUUUGAGUUUUUUGAGUUAGAAGGGAAUGAAGUUUGCAAAUAUGAUUAUGUGGAGAUUCGUAGUGGCCUUUCUUCUGAUUCUAAACUACAUGGUAAAUUCUGCGGUACAGAAGUGCCUGAAGUUAUCACCUCUCAGUACAACAACAUGCGAAUUGAGUUCAGAUCUGACAACACUGUGUCAAAAAAAGGCUUCAAGGCACACUUCUUCUCAGACAAGGAUGAGUGUUCAAAGGACAACGGUGGCUGCCAGCACGAGUGCAUCAACACAGUAGGAAGCUACAUUUGCCAGUGCCGAAAUGGAUUUGUGCUACACGAAAACAAACAUGACUGCAAGGAGGCUGAGUGUGAACAGAAGAUCCACAGUCCCAACGGCAUCAUCACAAGUCCCAACUGGCCCGACAAGUAUCCCAGCAGAAAGGAGUGCACAUGGGAAAUCAGUGCCACCCCUGGGCAGAGGGUCAAAUUGACCUUCAAUGAGUUUGAGAUCGAACAACAUCAAGAAUGUGCUUAUGACCACUUGGAAGUGUUUGACGGUGAAAGUGAAAAAUCACCAAUUCUGGGACGCUUGUGUGGCAAUAAGAUACCAGAUCCUCUUAUUGCUACUGGAAACAAAAUGUUUCUCCGCUUCAUUUCUGAUGCAUCAGUUCAAAGAAAAGGCUUCCAAGCAACGCACUCUACAGAGUGUGGUGGUCGGCUGAAAGCUGAAACCAAGCCCAAAGAUCUGUACUCGCAUGCUCAGUUUGGCGAUAACAACUAUCCAGUUCAGGCAGACUGCGACUGGCUCCUGGUGGCAGAGCGCAGCUGUCGAGUCGAGUUAAUGUUUCAGACUUUUGAGGUUGAAGAAGAGGCAGACUGUGGUUACGAUUAUGUGGAGCUAUUUGAUGGUCAUGAUAAGACAGCUGUAAGACUUGGUCGAUUUUGUGGAUCUGGGCCACCAGAAGAAAUUUAUUCAGCAGGGGAAGCUCUUUUACUUCACUUUCAUACUGAUGAUACAAUCAACAAGAAAGGAUUUCAUAUACGAUACAGAAGUAUAAAAUAUCCAGAUAGCGUGCACACCAAAAAAUAACACAAGAACCUCUAUGCCAGAAAAGGAGAGUGAGAAAGAAAGAACGCACAAUGGAAAGGAAGGAAGGCGUGUCUUUUUUUUAAACUGAAGUUAUUAGCACAAAUGUUUUAUAUGAGUUCAGUUGAAAUGACAACUUGUAAGACCAGAGACUGAAAUAAAAUAAAAAAACAAAAUCACCUAUCCCAGUGGAAUAGUCAAGAUGAUGAUGUGCAGACUCCAUACUUGACUGUCUCUGCAAAGCUUGUGAAAGGACUUUGCAUGCAGGGAGAAUAUAAAAGCUUUUGUUCAUGGUUUGACAUUUGUCAUAGAUGCGUGCAGAUUCAAUCAGUUGCAUUCAGGGGAAGUGACCCUGCAGACCGUUCUUCCUUCUGAUAAUUGUAUGGUGUCCAGGAGGGGAAAAAAGCUCUUUCAGGUCACACGCUCAGAAUACUGUCCUUAUAUCUAGUUGCUUUGACUUUGUAUCCUGCAGAAGGUGUGUACAAGGACUUGAAAGAAGAUAUGAAACGAGAAGGUCUUCCUGCAUUGUUCUGUAUUUUUUUACAAAUUCAUCUGUCAUAUCAGGUUAUCAGUGUUUUGAAACUGGAAAAAUCCUACUUCUGAAACAUAACUGAUCUUUAGAGUAUUUUGUUUUACUAAUGACUGAGAAGUCUGAACUGUUACAUCAGUCAUCACUAGUUGACCAAUCACUAGUUGACUGAAUUUGAACAGUGUAAGCAUCUGAAAAUGUUUCGUUUACUGGUUAAGUAAGCUAUCUCUGAUGAUGUGCUCUUAUUUUGCACUG